AUGGAUCCCAGGUUGGUGGAGGCAGCGCUUAAUGGAAACGCCAUUGAACUGCAGAAAUUACUUCAAGAGGACCCCCUCGUAAUUGAGAGAGGUUCAGUGGCAGUGUACCCUGAAACAGCCCUACACAUUGCAGCCAUGGGUGGGCGAACAGAGUUUGUGAGGGAGAUAUUGAAGCUUAAACCAGAUUUUUCCACUAGAUUGGACAAGGACGGGUUUAGCACAACACACAUAGCCUCUGCAAAUGGGCUUGUGGAAACAGUGAGAGAGCUUUUGAAGUUUAGGCGUGAGCUUGCCCUUCUCAAGAGCAGCGAUGGAAGGACUUCUCUUCAUUGUGCAGCUGUAGCUGGGAGGGUCCAAGUCAUUAGGGAAUUGGUUGGCUUUUUUCCCGACUGUAUCGGUGAAGUGACUCUAAUUAGAGGCGAGACUGCGCUUCACAUAGCCGUGAAGUAUAACCAAUUUGAGGCCUUUGAAGCCAUGUUUGAUAUACUGAAGCAGCUUAACAUGCAGGAAAUUAUGUUUGCUGGGGAUGAAGAUGGCAACACUGUCUUACACCUUGCAGUUGCUAGGAAGCAGAUUCAGACAGUGAAAUUGCUACUUGGUAGUGAUGGUAGGCAACAAGAAGCAGUGGAUGUGAAUGUGACCACCAAGAGUGGCUUAACUGCUUUAGAUGUGUCCGAUAUCAUACUACAAAUGAUGGGAUCGGGUGAAGCCACUGAUUACAUGCUCAGGGAUUUGCUUCUACGCUCAAGAGCCUUAAGAGCGUCUGAAGUUGAAGACUACCUUGACACUGCUCAAGUUCAUCACAGCCAGAUCUCGGUGAGGGCGGCACUGUUAGAGAUAAUGCAAAAUGUGUUCCUAUUACUUAGCUUGUUUGUUGAGUAG